AUGGCUCCCGCAAAGAAGACUCAGAAGAAGGCGCAGGAGAACAUCAACAGCCGGCUGACGCUGGUGAUGAAGAGCGGCAAGUACACGCUGGGCUACAAGACCGUGCUCAAGAGCCUGCGCUCCGGCAAGUCGAAGCUGGUGAUCAUCGGCAACAACUGCCCGCCGCUGCGCAAGUCGGAGAUCGAGUACUAUGCCAUGCUAUCCAAGACGGGCGUGCACCACUACUCGGGCAGUAAGUGCACCACCACUCGGGCACUCGCUCGCUUCUCACUUGCACCCCUCUCUCAUCACGUCCCCACCGAUGCUGCAGACAACGUGGAUCUCGGCACGGCUUGCGGCAAGUUCUUCCGAGUGUCGGCUCUCAGCAUCACAGACGCUGGUGACUCUGACAUCAUCCGCUCCAUGCCCGAGUCCUCGUAA